UGCCCUCGUUUUUAUGACUUGGGAGCUUUUAUAGCCGGCAGCCAGAUGUGCUGAAACUCCUGACGGCAGCAUCUCUUCACUGCGUGUUUUUAAUAGGCUUGGAGAAAUAUGAGGAGAGCACCUGAAAGCAGCUCGGCUUCCCGCUCGAGCUGGGAAUGCCCAAAAAGCUGCUCGCUGCUCAGGCUUCUUGCUACAGGCAGGAGAAAGCUGCACGGGUGCUAAAUCUUCUGUGACAGAAUUAGAAGAAUAAUGAUUGUACAAUUAGCUCUCAGCCCCUGCUCGUUUAGGCACAGUUUUUACAGAGGUCAGGAGAAAUAUGGAACUUGAUUGGCAUGUUUGCAUCUGAUGGUGUGUGCAAAGCAGAUGACUUUUUAAGACAGGUGGUGAAGAGAAAGAGAAGGGAAGGAAAGAGAGAAAAUGCAAUUUGAGACGCUGCGCCAGGUCUGCAAUUCUGUUUUAUCUCAUUUUCAUGGGGUUUUCUCAUCUCCUCCAAAUAUUUUACAAAAUGAUCUGUUUGGACAGACGCUGAACAACACUAGGAAAAGAAGCCCAUCGAUAUCAAGAGACCAGAACAGAAGAUACGAGCAGCGGGAGGAACGAGACGACUACUCGCAGUAUGCUGCAUCGGACAGUGCGAUGCCCAGGUCACCAUCAGAUUAUUCAGACAGGCGCUCUCAGCGAGGGCCCCAGUUGUAUGAAGAGCCUGAACUGGGUGAUUAUAGAGAUUCCAACCGAAGGAGUCGCAGGCGUUCCAAGGAGUAUCCGGUAGAGGAGGAGGAUGUCCAGAACAGGGAAGAGUAUGAGAGGCAGCGGAGGGAGGAGGAAUACCAGGCGCGGUACCGGAGCGAUCCCAACUUGGCUCGUUAUCCCGUUAAGCCGCAGCCGUAUGAGGAACAAAUGCGCAUCCAUGCCGAGGUGUCGCGAGCACGUCAUGAGCGGAGGCACAGCGAUGUCUCCUUGGCAAAUACUGAGAUGGAAGAUUCCCGGAUAUCUAUGCUGAGGAUGGAACGGCCGUCAAGGCAAAGAUCUGUGUCUGAGCGCAGAGCUGCCAUGGAAAAUCAGCGCUCGUACUCUAUGGAAAGAACUCGAGAGGCUCAGGGACCAAGUCCCAAUCGCCAGAGGACCACAAAUCACAGCCCUCCUACCCCUAGGAGGAGUCCCAUUCCUCUGGAAAGACCAGACAUGAGGCGCUCGGAUUCGCUAAGGAAGCAGCACCAUUUGGAUCCUAAUUCUGCUGUACGGAAAACAAAACGUGAGAAGAUGGAAACCAUGUUACGGAAUGAUUCGCUUAGCUCAGACCAGUCUGAAUCUGUGAGACCUCCGCCACCAAAACCCCAUAAAACCAAAAAGGGAGGUAAAAUGCGCCAGGUUUCAUUAAGUAGCUCAGAAGAAGAACUGGCCUCUACUCCAGAAUAUACGAGUUGUGAUGAUGUAGAGAUUGAAAGUGAAAGUGUUAGUGAAAAAGGAGACAUGGAUUACAACUGGGUGGACCAUACGUCUUGGCAUAGCAGUGAGGCCUCCCCAAUGUCUUUGCAUCCAGUAACCUGGCAGCCAUCCAAAGAUGGAGACCGUCUCAUUGGUCGCAUUUUGUUAAACAAACGACUAAAAGAUGGCAGUGUGCCCAGAGACUCGGGAGCAAUGCUUGGAUUGAAGGUAGUAGGAGGAAAGAUGACUGAAUCGGGUCGACUUUGUGCAUUUAUCACCAAAGUUAAAAAAGGAAGUUUAGCUGAUACAGUGGGGCAUCUAAGACCAGGAGAUGAAGUACUAGAAUGGAAUGGACGGCUACUACAAGGAGCCACCUUUGAGGAGGUGUAUAACAUCAUUUUAGAAUCCAAACCUGAGCCACAGGUGGAGCUUGUAGUUUCAAGGCCAAUAGGGGAUAUUCCCAGAAUACCCGACAGCACACAUGCACAGCUGGAGUCCAGUUCCAGUUCAUUUGAAUCUCAAAAAAUGGACCGACCUUCUAUUUCAGUGACAUCUCCUAUGAGUCCUGGCAUGUUAAGAGAUGUUCCACAGUUCUUGUCUGGACAACUUUCAAUAAAACUGUGGUAUGACAAGGUUGGUCAUCAGUUAAUAGUCACAAUAUUGGGAGCAAAGGAUCUUCCUUCAAGGGAAGACGGGAGGCCAAGAAAUCCUUAUGUUAAAAUUUACUUUCUUCCAGACAGAAGUGAUAAAAAUAAAAGAAGAACAAAAACAGUAAAGAAAACAUUGGAACCUAAGUGGAACCAAACAUUCAUUUAUUCUCCAGUUCACCGGAGAGAAUUUAGAGAACGAAUGUUAGAAAUUACUCUUUGGGACCAAGCACGAGUACGAGAGGAAGAAAGUGAAUUUUUAGGAGAGAUUCUAAUUGAGUUAGAGACAGCAUUACUAGAUGAUGAACCUCACUGGUACAAACUUCAAACACAUGAUGUCUCUUCAUUGCCACUUCCCCACCCUUCACCGUAUUUGCCACGCAGACAGCUCCAUGGCGAGAGCCCCACACGGAGGUUACAAAAUAAAGGCUUAUAUUCAUAUAAUUCAGGGUCCAAAAGAAUCAGUGACAGUGAAGUCUCUGACUACGACUGCGAUGAUGGAAUCGGUGUUGUUUCAGAUUAUCGGCAUAAUGGGAGAGACCUGCAAAGCUCGACGCUAUCAGUGCCAGAACAAGUUAUGUCAUCUAAUCAUUGCUCUCGAUCGGGAUCCCCUCACCGGGGAGAUAGUAUAGGACGGACUAGAUCGUGGUCUCCCAGUGUCCCUCCCCCACAAAGCCGGAAUGUGGAUCCAGGCCUCCGGGGAACGCGGUCUCCCGCAGCGCAUUACAACACCCUGAACCGAAUGGAGAGGCACCGUGUCAUAGAUGACCACUACUCCCCGGACAGAGAGAGGAAUUGUGAAGCAGCAUCUAGACAGCCCUAUCAAAGAUCCAGAUCAACAGAGCAACGUGCUGUGCUGGAGCGGACCAACUCCCGCUCCCGAUCCACAGAGCGUCCUGACUCAAACCUCAUCAGGUCGAUGCCUUCAUUAAUGACGGGAAGAUCUGCCCCUCCUUCACCCGCCUUACCGAGGUCCCAUCCUCGGACCGGAUCUGUUCAAACAAGCCCAUCAAGCACUCCAGUAGUAGGACGAAGGGGGAGGCAGUUACCACAGCUCCCACCAAAAGGGACAUUGGAGAGAAAAGAAAAGACAGCAGAUCCAGAGAAUGGGGAUGCAGGCGCAAUGGAUGUAGAAGAGAGGAAUCGCCAAAUGAAAAUGAGCAAGUACAAACAGGUAGCAGGAUCAGAUUCCAGACUGGAGCAAGAUUAUCAUUCUAAGUAUCGGUCAGGCCGGGAUCCCCAGCGAGGCUCUGACAACGUCUCCAAUAAGUCUUCGGACAGCGACGUGAGCGACGUCUCAGCUGUUUCAAGGACAAGCAGUGCUUCACGCUUCAGCAGCACCAGCUACAUGUCCGUCCAGUCGGAGCGACCAAGAGGAAACAAGAAAAUAAGUGUCUUUACAUCCAAAAUGCAAAGCAGACAGAUGGGCGCCUCAGGAAAGAACAUGACCAAGAGCACCAGCAUUGGCGGGGACAUGUACACGCUGGACAAGAACGACGGCAGCCAGUCGGACACCGCCGUGGGCACCGUUGGCGGCGGCGGCAAGAAGCGGCGCUCCAGCAUCGGUGCCAAGAUGGUCGCCAUCGUGGGGCUCUCGCGGAAGAGCCGCAGCACGUCCCAGCUCAGCCAGACUGAAGCAGGUGGUAAGAAGCUGCGGAGCACAGUGCAGAGGAGCACGGAGACAGGGCUGGCCGUGGAGAUGAGGAACUGGAUGACACGUCAGGCCAGCCGGGAAUCUACGGAUGGGAGCAUGAACAGCUACAGCUCUGAGGGAAAUUUGAUUUUCCCUGGCGUGAGGUUGGCCGCAGACAGCCAGUUCAGUGAUUUUCUGGAUGGACUUGGUCCUGCUCAGCUUGUAGGGCGUCAGACUUUGGCAACACCAUCUAUGGGAGAUAUCCAGGUGGGAAUGAUGGACAAGAAAGGACAGUUGGAAGUAGAAAUAAUUCGAGCCCGUGGCCUUGUUGUAAAACCAGGUUCAAAGACACUGCCAGCACCAUACGUAAAGGUGUAUCUAUUAGAAAAUGGAGUCUGCAUAGCCAAAAAGAAAACAAAGGUAGCAAGAAAAACGCUGGAACCCCUUUAUCAGCAACUUCUGUCAUUCGAAGAAAGUCCCCAAGGAAAAGUUUUACAGAUAAUUGUUUGGGGAGACUAUGGACGCAUGGACCACAAAUCCUUUAUGGGAGUGGCACAGAUACUUUUAGAUGAACUGGACCUGUCCAACAUGGUGAUUGGGUGGUUCAAACUUUUCCCUCCUUCUUCCCUAGUAGACCCGACUUUAGCUCCUCUCACUAGAAGAGCCUCCCAGUCAUCUCUGGAAAGCUCAACRGGACCUUCGUACGCUCGCUCAUAGCAGCUGUGAAACUCUUGUCAUGGCAACCAGCGUUACAAAAAACAACAACAACAACAACCACCACCACAGGUCGCCAACCCUGGUAACACUGCAUGCUUAAUGUUGUGUCUUCUGAGCCUGUUUCUAGGGCUACGACGCGAUCCUGUGUUCUCAAGGAAGUUGCACACAUUGUGCCCUAUGGAAGGCCCUCAGGUGAAGGACUGACCUUGUAACGGACUGACAGGUUUGGAGUUCAGGGACACUCAGUUUUGGUCCAAUCUGAAGCCAUGGACUAAAUUAAAAGAUUCAGUCUGUCUCAUGCAACAAAAGUCCUUUUCAAUGGCAUAUCUAUUUUGUUGCUCCUGUUUCUUUAUUUAUCUGCCCUCCCUUUCCUGAAGCUUGGUUAUGCCACAGAAAUGGAGUUUCCCUCCCUUGAAGCCCUGUCACAAGUCCAUGGAUUUGCAGACCUUGGAAGAGAAGUGGAAGAAAUGUAAGAGUGACUGGAAAAGUCAGCUGUCAUUUGAAACACUUGAGAUCUGAAAACUCUCCGUACAGGAAAGGUUCAAGACUUAAACAUGACAGGCUUCAUAGCUCCAGCUGUAGUUACAGUGAAACCCCAGAUGCGAUGGACUCUCUGAAAAAUAAAAUUCUAUGGAUAUACUGUACUGUAUGAAAUUAAAGAAACUUUUUUGCAUGGACACAGAUUUAGCUGAACACUUAAAUUAUUUUCUUGGGGCUGCAACUUGAAAAAAAAAGAAUAAAUCAGCCAUUUUCAACAAUUUAUAUUAUUUUUAAAAAUAAAUUUCACUAGUGCAUGGUUUUAAAGGGAAGAGAAUGCAACAGGGUGAUACAAAGACACACCAGUUUAUCAUUCUUUAAACCAGUCAUGGUCUGUAUUUUUGCAGACUUAUAUUAAAAAUAAUUUCUAGCAGAUAUUUAAAAUUCUGUUUAUGUGACAAGAAAUAAGUGUAAUAUAUUAAAUUUAUUUAAAUGUAAAAGGUACAAGCCUUGUAAAGUUCAACAUACUGUGCAAAUUGUACACUUCUUUUACCUCCUUCUUUCUCUCUUCCAAUCUCCGUUCUUCCUUUUGCUCUCUGCCCUCCUAGCUCCCAGGAUAAUCAUCAGAUUCUGAAAUGGCUAAAAUGGCUACCUUUUGACUUAUUACUCUCUUAUGCCCCAUAUUUGGUUCAGGGUUGCAGAUUGUUCUGCAUUUCUGAAUUAUUUGAGAAAAAUAUUGUUUAAGAACUUACUUUUUUCAAGCAUGUUGAAAAGGAUUUUGCAACAUGGCUUGGGAGUACAUUAAUGUAAUUCAGCAUGUAUUUGAUAAAAAAAGAUAUUUGAACUUUUUGCAAUUUAUUGUACAGUGCAUGGUA